CGAGCGGGUAGACGGCGCUGAAGAGCGCGCGCGCGCGUCACAGCAGAGCUCCACAAGAGAUCUGCUGAUGGAUUUUGGUGACCGAGUGGGUGGAUGUACUAAGUGAUCAUCAAAAGUGGAUUACUUUCAAAGGACCCGGACAGAUCCGGGCCAAUGACAAGUUCAGUGUUAUGUGCCGAUAAUCAUAACGAGUUUUGUUGUGCCGCGGUCCCUGGAAAGAUGACCGAAACGUUCCAAGAUAUGUGGCAAGACAUCGAGAGCAUACUUCUGGGGCAGCCCACUCCGCCCCAGGCAUCUCCCGUGAGUGUGUGUGGCUCAGGCACCAUGCCAAUUCAACGUAUCGACCCACAGCCACAUCACACAGAGUAUGCUGAGGCGGACCAAAUGAGUUACCAAGCCGAAGAAUUCGUAGACUUGGACAUGUUAAUCAACCACGCGGCUGAGCAACACAGCUUCUAUACACCCCCUCACCUAGACAACAAGCGGGGUGAUUCUAUGGACUUCAGUGCGGGGGGAUAUACCUGUAGGGACCAGCCUGACAGGUUAGGUGAAGUACCACAGCCUCCCCCACCACCUACCACCUACAACGGACUUAUGACGAUCGUUCCAGCUCAUCACCAAGUUGCUUAUAACCACGGUCAAAUGUCACCUCCAGCAAGUCCGGAAAACCAAGACUACUCCCGUGGUCUAGCGGCGUCCAGCGUCCUGCCUCCUCAACAGAGGGUAACUAAUGUUAUUCCUCCGCCUCAGCUAAUAAAAAUAAUGACACCCCCUUCAUCGCCCAAUUUGGCAGAUAUACUUUCCACCCAUCAACAACCCCCUCCUCAUCCCGCUUUCUUAGGGGGCGGUACAGGAGCGGGAGAAGUUCAACAGAAACCGAAGAGAGGACGUCGAAGUUGUGGCCGAAAGAAAUUGACGACGCACACGUGUUCUCACCCCGGGUGCGGCAAGACGUAUACAAAAUCGUCGCAUCUGAAGGCCCAUCUGCGCACGCACACGGGCGAGAAACCGUACCAGUGCAGCUGGAAGGGCUGCGGCUGGAAGUUCGCCCGCUCGGACGAGCUGACUCGCCACUACCGUAAGCAUACCGGCGACCGUCCGUUCCAGUGCCGGCUCUGCGAGAGGGCGUUCUCGCGCUCCGACCACCUCUCGCUGCAUAUGAAGCGUCACGUCAGUGUGUGAGUCAGCCAAAUGUUCAGCAUAGUAAUAACUUCGUUACAAAGACAGCAGCUACUUUGUGCAUUGUUUGUGAAAUCUUAAAAGCGCUAAAUAACCAGUCUAUUUAACCUGCAGUGAGUUUCCCAAACAGCGUUUCCGUAAACCAAACGUAUAUACGUUAUGGGUAAACCCGACUUGACGGAAGGAAGUCCGACUCUUCCGCCUGAGUGAGCGCUCGCAAAAAUGAACUCCCUGUAUAAUCAGAAUUGAACGUGAUCAGUAUCAGAAGCGCACCAGUCCGCCAUGAGUUUCAAGGAGACUUCUGUGCUUACUAACGAAACCAAUAGGUGCUGGUUGUUCUGAAGGCGCCCAGCUGUCACUACAGUUACCAAUUAAAGUGAAUGAGGAAAUAAAUGAUGCAUUCAAACAGAAUCCAUGCCUUAAGUUAGCACAAGUGCACAAUUUUGCUGCAAAAUGUUACCAUAUUGCACAACAAGUGGAAAAUUUGGACGCAUCCCUAAUGUUGGAACGUCUCUUCUACAAUGCUCGUCGUCUUGCCAUAGUUUCAAUCGUACACACGAAGUUUCAUGUGUUUCAGUGUCGUAGUAUUAUUACCCCGUUCAUUCCUUCAGUAGACUGUUCAUGAAAUCAGUCCUAGCGACAGGGCUGGAGAGUUUAUGUCAGCAGUAUGGUCACCGUCAGUUGUGUGUACCAAAAUGGAGCUGUCUUUCUGACAGGUCUACCUAUCUCUGUGGUGUAUUAGUGUACUGAUAUAUUAAAUUGAAGGAAAAUGUUCUAUUAAAGUUGUAUUGGAAUGAAACAAAGUUCUUAGAUAAGUGGAGUAAUAAAUUAAAUUUAAAGUUACUGAAUAACAAUGUACUGUACAUUAGUCGUCACUAAUCUGUAUAUUACUCUAUAGCAAUUUAAGUUACCUUAUGUAUGAAAAAUGAUACACGUUACGUGAAGGUAUAGUGACUAAUUAAACCAGGAGAAACCCUAAGACACACAUUGUUUCAAGCAAAUCGUAAAUCUGGGUAUUUAGAACUUGAGAAAUGAUUAGUGUUGAGGGCAUUGCAAAAUUGACACAAGGCGGUUGGACGAAGCACUUGUUUCUGCGGAAAGAAAUCCCAUAAAUGCCGGGUAUGACCACUAAAAUUCUUGUGAAUAGAGCAGCUUGAAAAUUGGGGUACAGUUUUGGGAAUUAUCCUGGAAUGGGAGGCUCAAGGAAUGAGGAGUUUGGUUGAUCCGUGAGAGUUCUUUCUGUGUCCUAUGUAUUGUCAUGGAAAGAAAUUACUCUAUUUUAAUUGAUUAUCACCUUUUGUCCGACAUGUUCUAAUCUACCAGUCUCCUUUAAAAGAAUCCAUUGGGGCGAUUUUUUCAACAUACUCCUCGACGAAUAUUAACCGACAUAUUUAGUAAUGGUCAAAUUUGAAUAAUCUACAGAGAGAAGCUACAUAUUCCAGCAAGAUCAUUUUAGUCAGUCACUCAACCUUUUCCGUAGUACGAAAAGAUAUCUUGUCACUUUUCUUGGAAAAUAUACAGUACUUAAUAAUAUAGGUUAACGCAACUUCAUGCCAUGCAGAGCCAAUUAAAUUUAUCAAGUUAUGAUUUCAUGACUGGAAAUACAAGAACGAACCAAAGUAAACCUAACUCAUUUCUGGAAGUAUUAAACUUGAAUUUCACACACAAAAAUCUUUAAUAUAAUGCUUAUGAAGCUUAAUCUUAAUGUUUAGAUGAAACAUCCAGUGGUCAUACAAAGAAAAGUGUGCAAAAAUAUAUAAUAAUAAAAAUAAUAAUAAUAUUGCUUUUUAAUAAAAGUCAGGGAAUAUCUUGAGCAACGGAGAGAAUAUCAUUAGCUCAAGAAUGACUGAGCUUAAUGAAAUUUGUCCGUUGCUUUGAUAGGGGAACUGAAGUCCAUUUCCCGAUAGCACGGUGUCACAACUUCACGUACGCUUGCAAACUACAAUCUGAGUUAUCAUAAUGGACACACAAAAUUUCGCAGACUUGCCAUUUCGAUGUGUACUGAACAUUAUACUGCAGAAUGUGUGUAUCAGCUGGGAUAUAUUGCAAGUUUCAAGUGUUAAAUAAGGUUUCUCUGUAUUGAAACAGAUUUUUAAAAGACUCUGGUAAUCAGCUUGUAAUAUGUUCCCUUCUUGUAUUUUUCUCUUUAUCUUAUAUGCUAAUUCUUGUCCGUAAGUCAUAGAUAUGUCAAUAUUUGUGUAUGUUGGGAGACACAAUUAUAUAUUUACACAGAUAAAUGUUCAUUUCAAAAAAAUCUGUCGGUUAAGUAGAUAACAGAUGUUAAGGCAAGUUGUGAAAUUGUAUUGUCUUAAUUCCUCUUUUUAAUUUAAUGUUUUUAAACGGGUUAAUUGUAUUAGAAAUUAACACACGUAGCUAUUCUCAGCCCCAGUAUAAUUAUAAUUAAAUUCUGAUAUCCACUUAUUCUUUAAAGUACAUUUCUCUUUGAUAUUACAAGUUUGUGCUUUUCCCAACCAGUGAAAUGUUGUUUCUUAUGACGCAUAAAAUAAACUGAAAUUACGUGUGGCUGGUCUCAGUUGGGACGAUGUAGAGCGCUUUCUGUUAACUAAGAAGAGAAGUUUAAAAUAUUAAAUGAAAGAACAUUAUACUUAGAAAGUUAAUUUGGAAAAUUUUGUUUUCAUUUACUGAAGCAGGAAGACCGUCUUCUUAUGGAUGAAACUUUACCUAGCGCAGUGUCUAGCACGCAGCCUUGUAUCCGGUACCGUGUAAGGGCUAUGUCUCACGGACCAACAUUUCCGAAAAAUCUGUGACAUUUAUUAACUUCGGUGAAAAUAUCAAUGUCUAGCCAUGUACUAAUUGUGUUUUAGUUACUAUAUGCAAGAGGCCAUACUAUUUAAUAAACAUAAUUUAGAAAGGUAAAAGGUAAAGUUAUCCCUGUAACAGGCC